AACACCAACAAUGCGAUACGAGCUUCACUCUGGGCAAACGAAAUGCAUCUCUGAGGAUACUCACGCAAACUCCAUAAGCGUUGGCAAAUACUUCCUCGUAAACCCUAACGAAGGUCAUCUUCUUCCUGAUUCCCACAAAAUCACCGUCAAGAUGAAGCACGAAGCCGAUAAUGUGGAGGCAGGGCAGUUCUCGUUUACUGCAUUCGAGACCGGGACUCACUAUACGUGCACCUCCGCCGUUGCUCAUAAGUCGAAGACGACGUUGACCGUUGAUUUUGAUUGGAGGUCCGGUGUUCACUCUGCUCACUCCAAGGAUUGGUCAAAACUAGCCAAGAAAAGUCAAGUCGAGAUGGCACAUCGUAUUUAUAAAACAUCUCGUCGUGGCUGGUCUCCAAUUUUGGCACUUGAAAACUUUCUUUCAGAGGAAGAAACUCAUCUAAGUAGUAAAAGACCAAUAGAGAGAAGCCAUCGCUUUGAGCAUACAACUGAAUUCAUUUUC